ACCAAACCAGACACUGCGUCAUGAACGACUGCUGGGCAGGAAACCCCCUGGACAGACCCUCGUUCUCGGACCUGGAGACCCGGCUCGGCGGGAUGAUCGGGGAGGCCGAAAGACAGUACUACCUGGAGCUGAACCAGCCCUACCAGGUGGACAACACCGACAGCACCUUUUUGAGCCGACUGCAGAGUCCCGACUACUCCGUCAAGGUCCGCGAGGGCAGCCCGACCGUCGACCACCAGGGCUAUGAGGUGCCCUUCAGCCCCAGUCCGUGCGGCGCCGUGCACCUGCCCUUCGGCGAGCCCCUAACCCCUCGACACACGACGCUUCAGAUGAGCUACCUUCAGAGUUUUCAUAAUCCUGAGGAUCCCUGCGGAAAUUACAUGGCUAUGUCCACUCCGGGCCACAAAGAUCAGGUUGCCUUCGACUUCGACAGCGACACGGUCAGGAGCAUAGCAAAGCGAGACAGCGAGGCCUUGCAGGAGGACUACGGCUUCGGCGAGGGCGGCGUCGACAGUCACAGCGAGGUGAACUACCUGUCCAUGGACUCGUCCAAGCCCAGCCAGUCAUUUGAGGAGGAGCGCCUGCUGAAGCCCAACGUUUCCCUUCGGCCGAAGGUGGCUCGACAGGCCUCGGAGUUGGAGAAGCACGACAGCGGCCUCUACAGCCCGACGGCCAUGCAGAAUAACCCCAGCUACAUGAUGAUGAACAACUUCCUAAAAACGGACGAGAACAAUUACCUGAGCCGAGAGGACGCCUGCGACCUCGCCAAGGACUGCCCCGAGUACAUCAACUACUCCAGCGUCCAGAAAGUCAAGCCACUGCCGAGGGAGUACCCGAAGGAGGGUAGUUCGGAAGUCGAGUACACCAACCUACUCGGUGGCGACUCUAGAGGGAGGACCGUCUCGGAGGCCUCCAGCGGCCUCGGCUCCAUCUCGGAGGAGAGUCCGCCCGAGUCCAGGGGAAACCACGUGAUCAGGGAGGCCAUCCUGGAGGAGCCGAUCGCUGCCUGAGAAGCACAUGCACAGGAUCUCUCUCUCUCUCUCUCUCUCUCUCUGACUCUCUCUCUCUCUCUCUCUCUCUCUCUCUCUCUCUCUCUCUCUCUCUCUCUCUCUCUCUCUCUCUCUGACUCUCUCUCUCUCUCUCUCUCUGACUCUCUCUCUCUCUCUCUCUCUCUCUCUCUCUCUCUCUCUGACUCUCUCUCUCUCUCUGACUCUGACUUUGUCUCUCUUUCUCUUUCUCUCUCUCUCUCUCUCUCUCUCUCUCUCUCUCUCUCUCUAUAUAUAUAUAUAUAUAUAUAUAUAUAUAUAUAUAUAUAUAUAUAUAUGGCUACAUUAUGCAUAUGAUCCUUAAUGCAAAAAGAAAACAAAAAUAUAAAUAGACAUAUUUCAAAAUGUUAUGACAGAGGUUACUUAUAUUAAUUUUUAUAUUAAUUUACACACACACACACACACACACACACACACACACACACACACACACACACACACACACACACACAGACACAGACACAGACACACACACACACACACACACACACACACACACACACACACACACACACACAUACAUACACAUAAACACGCGCACACACAAACACACACUCAUCACAUAACCUAUGCGCACCCUGUACUUAAAAAUACUUAAUGUAAUCACUUUGAAACUCCAUGAAUCAGUAUCCGCCUUGUGCUGUUCCCGUUGCAUCAUGUGCCGCCGUGUCGGUGGCGCUCUUACAGAAUGUGUUCUUUCCGUGCAAUAAGAAACUAAACCAAAGUGAUGUUAAGUGCAUGAAAUCGUGUUCUCUUGAACUUAAAACACAUAAUACCAUUUUUACGCUAAACUAUAAUUGCUCAUAAAGGAAAUAUGUGAUAUGAUGGCAGUCCACUCGAAAAACGACUAUCGAUAUGUGGACAAAACUUCGCUCAGUGUGCAGUGAUAAGUACUGUUCUUGGUGCACUGAUGCAGUGAAGCCGGAUGGACACAUCUUGUGCAGUGAAGUCUAGACAAUAUAUACCUCUUUGAGACCCCCCCCCCCUCGCCCCUUCCAGGCGUGAGGGAAAGGAGAGCGAUGCCGGGCCUCCCCACACUCCUUUUCUCUUGAUUCUCUGAUAUGCCCGAAGCCAGCCUGCGCCCCGAGGCCACGGCUAUGAUUUUUUUUUUUUAUGAAUUGUCGGUUUGAGACUGCAAUUGUGUGUGUGUGUGUGUGUGUGUGUGUGUGUGUGUGUGUGUGUGUGUGUGUGUGUGUGUGUGUGUGUUUGUAUGUGUGUGUGUGAUAUAGGGCUAUAUAUGAUAUAGUCUUGUUACAAAGGUUGCUUGCUCAAAGCUUUCUUGAGUAAAUAUUAGUUUCAUCACACCAGUUCGGGAAAAAAUGUAAAAUACUUUUUUUUACGGUUAUAUAUAUAUAUAUAUAUAUAUAUAUAUAUAUAUAUAUAUAUAUAUAUAUAUAUAUAUAUAUAUAUAUAUUUACACACAAAUAUAUACAUGUAUAUUUUCUUUUUCAAUCGUGCAUAUAAAAUAAAUAUAUAUUUACUGAUCAAUGCGACACCAAGCCAUGUGUAGAUAUGGUUGAUGUAUAAAUCUUUCCCGAAUUGUUUAUUGAAUAUCAUGCAUGUCAAGUACAAACUGCAAGAUUUGUUCAAAUGGAAACUCAUAUUAUAUAUUAUUAUGCUGAACUAACAGAUAUGCUGAAGUGUAUCUACCUUGUUCUUGAAGUUGUGACCAAGAAACAUAUCCAUAAUUUUAUGUCAGUUUUCUUACUGUGUAAACACAUAGGGAACAAUACAAUUGUCGUAAAAGAUAUACAUAAGGUUGUAAAUACUGAAGGACAGUUGUGAUAGAAGAAAGUUGAAUAUAAGCAUGAUUUCAACAAUUAGCCAUAAAAAGGAAAACAGUCUAACGUAUCCUCCUGUACAGGAACUAUUCCAAGGAAAAUUUAACCUUAAAUCAAUUGGCUCCAUUAUGAUCCUUAACUAAUAUAAAUGCAAAAAAAAUAUAUAUAUGAAUAUCAAAGAAACAUUUAAAUCUGUUAGGACAAAGGUUACUUUGACUAUGUUGCCUAUUGUUAAUUUUCCAAUUUUCUUAGAUCAGAUUGUUCAUCAGACUGUAUAUUGACUAACUAGCUCUUGUCAAUCCUCUGGUCUCAAUUUUCUAGAGAAAUUGAAACUCAUACUCUUUUGCCUUUCAAUUCUGUGAUUCCUUCAUCUUUCUGAGGGACUGAAGCAUCAGAAUGCAAAAUUCUGUAUGUGUAAAGCUUCGAAAUCUGCAAGAUAAGCUUCAAAGAAUCCGUUUUUAUAAGGAGUUGAAAUCUAGAAGAGACGUAUAUGGUUAGCACUUAGUUACUGAGCCUUUAUCCAAAGACGAGUGUAGUUUUAAGUGACAGAACUAUUUGCUGAUAUGCAAAUAACCUUUUGAGUGUAGUAAUAAAAGAAAUGUGAUGUA